ACAUUUUGGCGUAAGGACAGAGAGACCAUAGUUGAUUCUCUCAUGAUUGCUGUCUCACCUCUUACCUAUGAACCAGGCAAAGACCUUUCCGAAAAGGUCAACCAUUCCCAUUUCAAUUCGAUUACUAUACUUUCAUUUCAUCCUCCACCAUCUGCCAAUUUCAUUUCUUUCUCAAGCAACGAAACACAAUACUCUCUUUCAGCUCAUGGUAUAGGUGGGCUUCAAUUCUCCACGGUGAUUCUUCCUUUUUCGAUCAUUUCCCCGUAAUUCCCUCAUCUGGGUACCAUCAAUCACCUCCCAGCUCAUAGGCACCUUCGAUCUUGUGGUCAGAGUUUGCUGCUUUGACUUUUUCUCAACAUGGGCGGGAGCGAGAGCUCGAAAGGCGUGGUUUUGGGUCGUUUGGUUGAGUUCAUCAAGGAGAUUUCUGGGUUGCCAGAGUGUCAGAACUUUUGCAAGAGGGUGUAUGGGAAUUUGGUUCGCAGGGUGAAGCUUCUGAGUCCUCUCUUUGAGGAAUUGAAAGAUAGUGAUGAGUCCCUCAGCGAUGAACUACUCGAGAGCUUCGAGUCUCUCUUGGUUGCUUUGGAUUCAGCUAAGACCCUUUUAAAGUCUGUCAACCAAGGGAGCAAGCUAUAUCAGGCAUUGAGGAGGAAUGAUACAGCAGACAAAUUCCAACAAGUAACUGAAAAAAUUGAAGCUGCGCUGAGUGAAAUUCCUUACUACAAACUUGAGAUAUCAGAGGAAGUUCGAGAACAGAUUCAACUGGUACAUGCUCAAUUCAAAAGAGCUAAAGCUCAAACAGAAUUUGCUGAUAUACAACUUGACAUGGAUAUGGCAAUGGCACAAAAAGAAAAAGACCCUGAUCCUGCUAUACUAAAAAGGCUUUCUGAGAAGUUGCAUCUGAGGACAAUAAAUGACCUAAGGAAAGAGUCUAGUGAAUUACAUGAAUUGUUGAUCACAAAUGGUGGAGAACUAGGAGACUCUUUUGAAAUGAUCACAUCCCUUCUUAGCAAGCUGAGGGACUGUGUGCUCACAGAAAAUCCCGAAGUCGACACAAGUGAAUGUGAAAAAUUAACAAUUAAGCACAGGUCUCCCGUGAUCCCAGAUGAUUUUCGAUGUCCUAUAUCUCUUGAACUAAUGAAAGAUCCUGUUAUUGUCUCUACUGGUCAGACAUAUGAAAGAUCUUGCAUUCAAAAAUGGCUUGAUGCGGGUCACAAAACCUGCCCCAAGACACAGCAGACACUUGUCCACACAGCCCUUACCCCGAACUAUGUUCUGAAGAGUCUGAUUGCUUUGUGGUGUGAAAGCAAUGGUAUUGAGCUACCAAAAAAACAAGGGAGUUGUAGAACAAAGAAAUGUGGUGGAAGCAGUCAUUCAGAUUGUGAUCGAACUGCUAUCAGUGCCUUACUUGAUAAACUGGCGAGUAACAACAUAGAGCAGCAAAGGGCAGCUGCUGGUGAGCUCCGGUUGCUGGCUAAGAGGAAUGCAGAUAAUCGAGUGUGCAUUGCUGAGGCCGGAGCAAUACCGCCCCUUGUAGAUUUGUUGUCUUCUUCAGACCCUCGAACCCAAGAGCAUGCCGUUACAGCGCUUCUCAAUCUUUCCAUCAAUGAGAGUAACAAAGGAACUAUUGUAAAUGCCGGAGCCAUACCAGAUAUUGUAGAUGUUCUAAAAAAGGGAAGCAUGGAGGCUAGAGAAAAUGCAGCUGCAACUCUCUUUAGUUUAUCAGUACUGGACGAGAACAAGGUGCAAAUAGGUGCAGCUGGAGCAAUCCCCGCCCUUAUAAAGUUACUUUGUGAAGGUACUCCCAGAGGUAAGAAGGAUGCUGCUACUGCAAUUUUUAACCUAUCUAUUUAUCAGGGAAACAAAGCAAGAGCUGUAAAGGCUGGUAUAGUAGGCCCGCUGAUACAAUUUCUGAAGGAUGCUGGGGGUGGAAUGGUAGAUGAAGCACUAGCUAUAUUGGCAAUUCUUGCAAGCCACCAUGAAGGCAGGGUGGCGAUUGGUCAGGCCGGACCGAUCCCUAUUCUAGUUGAGGUUAUACGAACCGGCUCUCCACGCAACAGAGAGAAUGCUGCCGCCGUCUUGUGGUCACUAUGCACCGGAGAUCCGCUGCUAUUAAAACUAGCAAAAGAACACGGUGCCGAAGCAGCACUGCAGGAGUUAUCAGAAAAUGGAACUGAUAGAGCGAAGAGAAAAGCUGGAAGCAUAAUAGAACUCUUGCAGCGAAUAGAAGGGGAUGAUAAUCUGCGGAAUUCUUAGCCUCGGUGUUACCUCAUUAUAUAUUUAUCGUAGAUGAUCAGAGAAUUAUGCAUGUAUGAACCAUGGCCACCUGAUAAUAGUGUUUUCAUUCUUUAUGUUUUGAAUCCAGUAAUGGGGUGGCAAACUUUUGCAGAAACUUUGUAGUAUGCUUGUUUAUUAUCUGUCGGUAUAUGAAACGUUGUAAAUUGUCUAUUGAUGUUAUGCGAGGAUUAUAGAAGGAAUCAGUUUCUGCUAUUGUCUCUCACCAUAAAGUUUGUAAUUCUUGAAACUUCCUAUUUUAGUAAAAGUCGACAUUUAAGGUCGC